UUUAAAUACCUCACUCCAUAGCAACCCUUCUUUCCUGCAUUCUCCUUACUACAGCCACAAAAUAAACUCUCUUAUUCCUCAUGGACCCUUCAAACUCCGUCAAUGGCUACUACAAUUUUCUGACACGCGGCAUAGACGACCUCGAGCGCGUGUUCGGUUCGACCAAUUUCAUGUCCUUACAAUUCUUGCAGAGGGCUUUGUCCCUUUUAAGGUCUGUGCACAAUCAGCUGACCCUUUUGGUCCAAAAGCUCCAUCUGCCCGUCGGCGAAAAAUGGCUCGACGAGUACAUGGACGAAAGCUCCAAGCUUUGGGAGGUUUGCCACGUGCUCAAGAAUGGAGUCUCGGGCUUGGAGAGCUACUACUCGUCGGGCCUUGGCGCGAUUUCCUCGCUCGACGGCCAUCGUCGCUUGAGCCCACAGCUUUCUCGUCAGAUGAUCCGGGCCAUAUUAGUCUGCCGAAGGGAAGCAGUAGCCCUAGAGCAAGAAAACCGGUCCCUAAUCGAGACCAGAAUUGAGCCCCUCUCCCUAAAAUUCGACGAGAAAGUCAUAGUCGAGUCGAAGCUCAACGGAUUCAACGGUUUUAGGGGCGUUUUAUACGCUAUGAGGAACGUGAGCUCACUCUUGCUCACAAUCCUUCUGCACGGGCUCGUUUAUUGCUGGCCGCAACCUAGCCUUUCGGAAAACGGGUUCGAUCAAGGGCACUUGUUUUUUGGGUCGGCAUUUAUGAUAUCUACGGCCCGACUUCACCAACGGGUCGUUUCCGAGAUUGAUGUCGGGCUUUUGCUUUACGAAUUUCGGAGGUCGAGGGCUGCCAUGGAUGAGCUGAGGUGUGAGCUUGAGAGAUUGUGUUCACAGGGGAAUUUGGAGUGGGAAUGUGAAGUUGGGCUAAGGGAAAGAGUUGAGGGGCUAAAGUGCAAUUUUGGAAACUUGAGGGUUGGGGUUGAGAAUGUUGUUGGGCAGCUUGAUGAUUUUUUUGAUGAGAUUGUUGAGGGGAGGAAGAAGCUCUUGGAUUUCUGCAGCCAUAGGUAGGUAGGGGAAGUUUUUGAAUUAACUCUUUUCUUGGGGGGGUUUUGAAGAAAUUUGAAGGAGGUAUUAAAUUUUUACAAGUUUAGGGGAAAUGUUAACUAGUAGUUUGGUUGGGUGUAGUAUUUUGUUGAGUCUUCUGAUUUGUAUCUUUCUUNUGCAGAAAAAAAAAAAGAUGAUGAUUUUGAGAUAAUCAAAGCAUGAGAGUUUUAAUGGAUGAGAU